GUUUAGCUGCGUUUGCAGCCUUUGUUGCCGCUACGCCAACCCCUAGCCUCGAGAAGAAGGAUGCUGUCGCUGCUUGUGCCUCAGCCGUUACCCUUGCGGCUGGAUCCAAUCCUUUCAUGGGGCGUACUCUCCAUGCCAACUCGGUCUACGCCAAAGAAAUUAGCGACGCCAUGGCCAAUGUGACCGAUGCCAGCAUUCAAGCCGCGGGCGCUGCUGUUGCCAAAGUGGGCACUUUCUUGUGGAUCGACACAAUUGCCCGAAUUCCACUGGUAGCUACCAUGAUGGCAGAGACACCUUGCACAGAUAUUAUGGGUAUCGUCAUCUACGAUCUCCCAGGCCGUGAUUGUGCUGCCAAGGCUUCCAAUGGAGAGCUCGCGACCGGAUCGCUGGCCAAGUACAAGUCUGAUUACAUCGACCCUAUUGCUGCUGCCAUCAAGGCGGCACCUAAUGUUGCUGUCGCUCUAAUCAUCGAGCCAGAUUCUCUCCCCAACUUGGUCACCAAUGCCAACUUGACCACCUGCUCCAGCGCCUCUUCAGACUACCAGUCUGGUGUGGCAUAUGCCCUCGAGACCCUUAAUCUUCCCAAUGUUGCCAUGUACAUCGAUGCUGGUCACGGAGGAUGGCUCGGAUGGGAUGCCAACUUGCAGCCCGGCGCAGAUAUGCUCACCAAGGUCUACAAGGCCGCCGGUUCCCCCAAACAAGUAUUCGGUAUUUCCACCAACGUUGCUGGUUGGAAUGCCUGGUCGGCCAACCCUGGCGAGUUCUCCACUGCAUCUGAUGCCCAGUAUAACAAAUGCCAAGACGAGAAGAGAUACGUCAACGCCAUCUGCCCUCUCCUCAACACGGGCGGCAUGCCCAACCACGCCAUCAUCGAUACUGGUCGCAACGCCGUGCAAGGCCUCCGUAACGCCUGGGGAGAUUGGUGCAACGUCAACGGAGCCGGUUUCGGUGUCCGACCUACCGCCACCACUGGCGACCCACUCGUCGAUGCCUUUGUCUGGGUCAAGCCUGGUGGAGAGUCUGACGGCACCAGCGACGCCUCUGCUAGCCGUUACGAUUCUUUCUGCGGAAAGCCCGAUGCAUUCAGCCCCGCACCACAGGCUGGCCAGUGGAACGAGGCUUACUUUGAGAUGUUGCUCAAGAAUGCUAAGCCCGCCUUCCCUUAAUUGCAGUGGUACUAUUGCGAAAAACCGGCGGGGCUGGGAGGCGGCAUUGCAAAGGGUUGAGGAUACUUUCAAAAGUCGGUCUUUACGAUUGGUGAGAAAGCUUUUGAGGAUGAGGGUUACGGUGGAAAUAUGGACUUGAUGUCUCUUCCCCUGUACAUAUUUUUCGGAAUGCACAUACAUCUACC